UUCAAUUGUUAAUAAUUUUAUUUAUAUAUAUGUAUAUAACUGAUGAUAAUAUCACAUUGUAUACAUCAUAUUUAAACACGGCAAACAUUUAAAGUCAAUGUAAUAAAUAUGACAUUGUUGAAUUCAAAUCACAUCUAUUUGUUAACCUGUUCAAUAGUCUACUUACUAUGUUAUUUAAGUAGUAUCAAUGUAACUGCUCAAACAAUAAAAUUUAGUAAAAAAUCUGGUAAAGUUGAUUAUGCUAAUCCUGAUAUAGCGGGAUAUCAUCAUUGUGCAUAUUGGCGUUUACCUGAUGGUCAUUCAAUUAUUGCUUCAUGUACACCAUUUACACUGCAUCGUUGUGGAAAGAAAUUAGAAUUCGAUUACAAAUGUUGUUCUGGAUAUGAAAAAGUUGAGAAAAUAUCAUACACCUUUAGAGAUUUUAAAAAGGGUGAAUGUGCUAUGCAACUUUCACCGUAUGAAUUAUGCAUUAAUUUGAUAAGUAAUCAAUCUGAUAUCUCACCAUUUGUGGAUAAAAUGCAAUCGAUGAGUCAAUUUAAUACAAAGAAUCCUGAUAAACCGUAUACAAUAUUUGCACCAAGUACAAGAAAUUCGGAGAGAUAUAAAGAUUUAACAAAUGCUGCAGAACACAUUGUUCCUGGUCGAUUUUAUUUAAAAGAUUUGAAAGCUGGACUACAGUUGGAAACUUUAGAUCCUAAACGUAAAUUAUAUGUCACACGUGAACAUCAAGGGACUGUUUCAAUUGAUUGUAUAGAAAUGGUCGAUUCAGACAUGGAAUGUAAUUCAGGCAUUAUACAUACAGUUCGAUUUCCUUUAACUAACAGAGAAGGCUUAGACAGAUCAUCUGUUUUAAGCCUACUGGAAUCCCAUCCAGAAACUCAAUCAUUUGCUAAAGAUUUAUCCGCUGCGCUUAAAAGUAAUCUGAGGAAUGUGAAUUCUGGAAAACGUUAUACUGUAAUUGUACCAAGUCGACAAAAAUGGGAAUCAUUACGUCAAAAGUAUUCAGGAGAACAAAUACAAAAGAUUGCAGCGAAUCAUGUUAUCUUAGGUCAGCAUUGUUCUGGACAUUUAAUUCAGUCGCUUCAAAGUUAUAAAACCCUGUCAGGUGAAACACUUGAAUUUAUCUGUGAAACAGAUUCGUCGGGUAAAGAACACCAUUAUGUACAAACUGUUUGUGGUGAAAGACGCGAGAUAACUACUUCGGAUUUAGCAGCUACAAAUGGAGUCGUGCACAUUGUUGAAGAUGCAUUAAUUCCAUUCUCAGUUUUGAAAUUACAAGAAUUAAUUCAAAAUAAAGGCUGUGCUGAAAAGUUAAAAGUCACAGAUUUUAUCAAUUUACUAAAAGAAUGUGAUUUAAGAAUUGAACCAGGACAAAAGUAUGCUUUGGUUCUGCCUCAAGAUAGUUCAUUCAAAUGGUGGUCAAAUUAUCCACAAUUUCAAGAUGAAUAUAAACGUUUUCAAGUUGAUAAAGAAUAUCGUUGUAAAGUGGCACGAUAUCAUAUUAUGAGGAGUAAUAAUCGUUUAAACAAUAUAGGCAGUUUUGCUAGUCAUACUUUGGGUCAUCGUACAAAUAAUCCAAAUGAACCAUUAUAUGAAACGACAUAUUUUAAAAAAUCACCUUAUGGAUCACAGCUUCAUUUCCACUACUCUUCUAUCAAUAAUCUGGAAUCCUUUGAAAUGGGUGAUGUGACAGUCUAUAUUACGCCGAAAAUCAAUGUUCCACCUGAAUUAAACAUUACUGAUAUUUUAAGCACUCGACCAGAUACGACAAUUGCUAAGAAUCAAACAGAAGUAAUGAAAAUGGAUGAAAAACAUUUUAGUAAACAUGCACCGAAAAAUUUAUACCUUGUAACAACUGACGACGGAUGGAAAGAUCCUAAAUCUACUCCGACUACAAUCAAUCCAUAUCGAUCAGAAUUGAACAUAUAUAAGGAUAACAUUUUAGAAAAUUAUUUAUUGCUCAAUCAUAUUCCCUUAUAUUUAUGGGGUGGAGAUAUUGGCUACUUUGAUAAGAAUACAGUGCAUAAAUUUAUGUCAUCUGCUGGUAUUGAAUUAAUCUUUUGGGUUGAUAACAAUGGAGUUAUGCGUAUUGGAUAUGAAGAUUUACCACGUAAUGAAUGGCCUAAAGUGAUUCGUUGGAAUUUGCAUGCAAGAGAUGGAAUUGUUUGGUUAUUGGACGGUAUUAUAAAAUGUCCUGAGACAAUAUGUCCACUACUUGUUGAAGAUGUUGAUUAUUAUGAUGUCUAUGUGAUGGCUUGUCAAACAUCGAAUUUACCAGGUGAAACAGAUGCUGUACAACAAUUUGAAAGUAAACCGUUGGAUAUUGCAAGUCGUCAUCCAACAUUAUGUACUGUAGUAUUACAGACAAGUGAAAAGACUGUAACACUUGUUGAUUCAAAGCAUUAUCGUGCUUACUAUAUCAAUUAGAUAACAUGAAUUUAACAUCUUACAAGAAUACAAUUUUUUAAUUAGUAAAGUGUUCGUCGAAUAAUAAAUACAAUUUUAGAAAGAAAUAACUAAAAUAAUUUAACAUUAUUGCUCGUGCUACUUUUAUCAAAUAUAAGUAGUAUGUAAAUUUAGUAAAAAUUAUUUAAUGAACAAGAAAUAUUCUUUUUGUUAGCUUAUUCUUCAUCAGGUUCUACAUUUAUAUGAGAG